UCUAGCCUGGGUGACAGAGCAAGACUGUCUCAAAAAAAAAGAAAAAAAGAAAAAAAAUAUUAUUACUAGAAAUGUGUGUGGUUGGCUGACUAGUUGGUUGAGUGUUGGUUGGUUUCCCAAUUUUAGAUUGAGCAUACAUAUAUGAGAUAUAUGCACCUGACUGCCUCAGGUGACCACUUACCUUUUCUUCCCUUUUGCCCUUUGUUGUAGUUCCCUUCUAUCCCUUAGAACUAGUUUCAUUUCAUCCCAGAUUCCUAUACUCAGUCUUUUUGUGUUCUCUAUAAUGUCCUUUUUCCUUUCCCUCACUUGUUUUUUCCACUCUAGUCUCCUUACUCUUUGUCCCUGGAGAGUCACAAAAUGCAGCAGAGGCUCUGCUUCUUCCUCAUCUUCUUAUGAACUCUGUUCAGUUAACUCCAUAAAGCCAGCAGUCUCUCCCUGUCUGGCCCGUCCGAUGUCUUCCAAUCCUGUCUUCCCUUUUACUGUACCCUGGGCCCCUAGUAAAAGAACUGGCCACCCUUGUGGCAUGUCUUUGUCCUUUCUGCAACACAAAAUGAACUAGCCUUUAAUAUCAAUCAUAGUAAGUAAAGAUAUGCUUUUUGAUUUCUGAAAAAUGAUUGAUUUAAAAAACUUGUCAAGUGAAAUGUUACCAUUUAAUCAUGUUUUUUCCUUUAGACCUAAUACUUGAGAUUUGUUCUAAUAGAAAACAUUUCCUAGUAGUCCCAACGGAAAACUUUUGGUAAGAACGAAGCUAAAAUAAAUGCUAAUCCCAGAACCUGCUGGAUUUUACAGCCAUCUAUUAGGAGGCUUUUCAGUAAAAGCGUUUCUUUAAGAAAUGACAAAACAAAACCAAAAAACCCUCCACAGAAUAGAAAGGAAGUGCUGCUGCCUCUUCAGAUGCUAAUUUUGGCUAGUCUUGCAACAGACCUGGCUAGGAGCUACAAAUAGUUCAACCAACCAGCUAGAAAAAUCAUGGCACCAAGGGCAGAGCCCUAGACUUUGCGUCUCCAGCAACUACUUCUCUGGGAACUGCCCGAUGGCAGCAGGCACCCUGGAAUUUGAGGCUUGAGGAAGUAUAUGCCAAAUUUUUUCAUAAAAUAAUGUAAAAUUAUCAUACAUUUAUUUGCUUUAAAAUAAGUACACUUCGAUAAGCAGAUGUUUUAUGGAAGUGGUCAUGUUACAUUGAUGAAGCUGAACUUUUUUUAAGAGACUGAAGAUUACUAUAGAAGUUAAAGUUAUAAAAGAACAAUUAACUCAUCAAGUGAUUCCACUGCUGCUCAGCCUGAAGAAGAUGUUGAACAUUUGAGUUGAUUAUAGCUAACAACCUGAGAUCUCAUUUACCAGAAUUGUAAUACAAGGAAAUACAUAAUGUGGUACACUGGGAACUGAAACACUAAUCUCUUUUUAUUCCCCUUUCUUUCUCCUACUUGCAAGCUAAGCUCAGCAUUGGCCAGAGAGAAGUAACAGUUCAGAAAGGACCACUGUUUAGAGCUGAAGGUUACCCAGUCAGCAUUGGCUGCAAUGUAACUGGCCACCAGGGACCUUCUGAGCAGCAUUUCCAGUGGUCUGUUUAUCUGCCAAAAAACCCAACCCAGGAAGUCCAGAUCAUUAGCACCAAGGAUGCUGCCUUCUCUUACGCAGCAUAUACGCAGCGGGUGCGAAGCGGAGACAUCUACGUGGAGAGGGUCCAGGGCAACUCAGUCUUGUUGCACAUCUCAAAGCUCCAGAUGAAGGAUGCUGGCGAGUAUGAGUGUCACACACCGAACACUGAUGAGAAAUACUAUGGGAGCUACAGUGCAAAGACUAAUCUAAUUGUUAUUCCAGAUACCCUCUCUGCCACCAUGAGUUCUCAGACUCUCAGUAAGGAGGAAGGUGAGCCAUUAGCCCUCACCUGUGAGGCAUCAAAAGCCACAGCCCAACAUACACAUCUCUCUGUCACCUGGUACCUAACACAGGAUGGAGGAGGAAGCCAAGCCACCGAGAUUAUUUCUCUCUCCAAAGAUUUUAUAUUGGUCCCUGGGCCCUUGUAUACAGAGCGGUUUGCAGCCAGUGACAUACGGCUCAACAAACUGGGGGCCAGUACGUUCAGGCUGUCCAUAGAGAGGCUCCAAUCCUCAGAUCAGGGUCAGCUGUUCUGUGAGGCAAUGGAAUGGAUUCAGGAUCCAGAUGAAACCUGGAUGUUCAUCACUAAAAAGCAGACCGAUCAAACCACUCUGAGGAUCCAGCCAGCAGUGAAAGAUUUUCAAGUCAACAUUACAGCUGACAGCUUGUUUGCUGAAGGGAAAUCCUUAGAACUGGUUUGCCUGGUUGUAGGCAGUGGCCGUGACCCACAGCUUCAAGGCAUUUGGUUCUUCAAUGGGACUGAAAUUGCUCACAUUGAUGCUGGUGGAGUCCUGGGCCUGAAGAAUGACUACAAAGAGAGAGCAAGUCAAGGAGAGCUCCAGGUCUCAAAGUUAGGCCCCAAGGCUUUCUCUCUCAAGAUCUUCUCUCUGGGCCCAGAGGAUGAAGGCACCUACAGAUGUGUGGUAGCAGAGGUCACGAGAACACGCACAGGUUCCUGGCAGGUGCUUCAGAGAAAGCAGUCACCAGACAGCCAUGUGCACCUGAGGAAGCCAGCAGCAAGAAGUGUGGUCGUGUCUAUCAAGAACAAGCAGCAAGUUGUGUGGGAAGGAGAGACCCUUGCCCUUCUCUGCAAGGCUGGUGGAGCUGAAAGUCCCCUGUCUGUGAGCUGGUGGCACAUCCCACAGGAUCAGACACAGCCCGAGUUUGUGGCUGGCAUGGGGCAGGAUGGCAUUGUGCAGCUGGGUGCCUCCUAUGGGGGACCCAGUUACCAUGGCAAUACAAGGUUGGAGAAAGUGGACUGGGCCACCUUCCAGCUGGAGAUCACCUUCACUGCCAUCACAGACAGUGGCACAUAUGAGUGCAGAGUAUCUGAGAAGUCUCGGAACCAGGCCAGAGAUCGGAGCUGGACUCAGAAGAUUUCAGUUACUGUAAAGUCUCUGGAGUCAAGUUUACAAGUUAGUCUGAUGAGCCGUCAGCCACAAGUGAUGUUAACCAACACCUUUGACCUGUCCUGCGUCUUGGGGACUGGUUACUCUGACCUCAAGGUGCCACUCACUGUGACGUGGCAGUUCCGGCCAGCUAGCUCUCACGUCUUCCACCAGCUUAUUCGAAUCACCCACAAUGGCACUAUUGAAUGGGGGAAUUUCCUAUCCCAGUUCCAAAAGAAGACGAAAGUUUCACAGUCUUUAUUUCGUUCACAACUCCUGGUCCAUGAUGCCACUGAGGAAGAGACGGGAGUGUAUCAGUGUAAAGUAGAAGUUUAUGACAGAAAUUCCCUAUACAACAACCACCCUCCGAGGGCUUCUGCCAUCUCUCACCCAUUGAGAAUAGCAGUCACUAUACCAGAGAGCAAGCUAAAAGUGAAUUCAAGGAGUCAAGUCCAAGAGCUCUCCAUCAACUCCAACACUGAUAUAGAAUGUAGCAUCUUGUCCCGGUCCAGUGGAAACGUUCAGUUAGCCAUCAUUUGGUAUUUUUCUCCUAUUUCCACUAAUGCCUCCUGGCUAAAGAUCCUGGAGGUGGACAAAACCAAUGUUAUAAAAACUGGAGAUGAGUUUCACACCCCAUGGAGAAAACAAAAAUUUCAUACUGAGAAGGUUUCCCAAGACUUAUUUCAGCUGCACAUUCUGAAUGUGGAAGACAGCGAUCAGGGCAAAUAUCACUGUGCUGUGGAGGAAUGGCUCCUGUCUACAAAUGGCACUUGGCACAAGCUUGGAGAAAAGAAGUCAGGACUAACAGAAUUGAAACUCAAGCCCACAGGAAGUAAGGUACGUGUCUCCAAAGUGUACUGGACCGAAAAUGUGACCGAGCACAGAGAGGUGGCCAUCCACUGCAGCCUGGAGAGUGUAGGCAGCCCAGCCGCUCUGUACUCUGUGAUGUGGUACUGGAACAGAGAAAACUCUGGAAGUAAAAUGCUGGUGCACUUGCAAUAUGAUGGCUUGCUGGAGUAUGGGGAAGAGGGGCUUAGGAGGCACCUGCACUGUUACCGUUCAUCCCCUACAGACUUUGUCCUGAAGCUUCAUCAGGUGGAGAUGGAGGAUGCAGGAAUGUACUGGUGUAGGGUGGCAGAAUGGCAGCUCCAUGGACACCCAAGCAAGUGGAUUAAUCAAGCAUCCGAUGAGUCACAGCGGAUGGUGCUCACGGUGCUGCCUUCAGAGCCCACGUUUCCUUCCAGGAUCUGCUCCUCGGUCCCUUUACUCUAUUUCCUGUUCAUCUGCCCUUUCGUCCUGCUCCUGCUUCUGCUCAUCUCCCUCCUCUGCUUAUACUGGAAGGCCAGGAAGUUGUCAACACUGCGUUACAACACACGGAAAGAAAAGGCUCUCUGGGUGGACUUGAAAGAGGCUGGAGGUGUGACCACAAAUAGGAGGCAAGAUGAGGAGGAAGAUGAAGGCAACUGAAUCCCAAGAGGUACCUGCAGUCAGUAAGGAAAGCUUCCUGCCUCGCUGCCUGUUUCUUCCCAAGCCCCGUGUGGAACGUGGUGACCUAGUCAGCUGGAACCAGCUCCUGACAGACCCUGGCAACUUCUAGAUGAACUCGAGUGAACUUUCCUCAUUACCAUCCUCAAGUCACUACCCUGGGAGCUACAGCUUCAUGACCAUAACAUGUGACCUAUGCGCUGGCAGCAUGACUCACUGAGGCUGCGCCACUGGGACCCCUCCCUGCAUGCACCGAUGCACUCUCCCCCCUCUCCAUCACCCCAUGAAACCCUCCUGUCACUUUCCUUCAGAGACACCGCUUUGGAGAAUAUUCCCAGCGCUCUCCUUGCUUGUGACAAGUGAAACAAACUCCUUUUGAUCAAAACUCAUGUUCUUGUGGAGUCAUUUGUUACCCACCAGGCAAACCAACCCCGGUUUUUUCAGGGAACAGAGACCCUCAAAUAUGAAACUGUUCUGGCCAGAGCAGAGCAUAGGGAAGUAUGAGUUCCCAGGGGGUACCUGCUGCAUGUCAGGCCCUGUGCUAGGAGCAAGGGGUCCUGUGGUGACUCAGACACAGUCCUGUCCCCCUGGGAUGCUCACCUUGUUUGUCCUGGAUGCUCUGCUUUCAUGAAUCGGACUUAGAGCGCCUUCGAUAUUCUAACCAGCUACAUGGCACUGUUUGUCCCAUAGGCAUCUAAAACCCUCCAGAACUAAAACACCCCCACAGUAUUUUCUUCCUUUUAAACUUGCAGAAUAAAAUUUGCCCUGAUGCA